AAAUAUACUAAUUUAGAAGCAAAAAGGAUAGUUCUUUUGUAUAGAAGAAUUCUCCCAAUAUUAAUGCUUAUGACUACUGCUAUUGGAAUUUCAGAUUUUAUAAAAACUCCUCAAGGAAAACAGCUUUAUACAGCAAUUGUUUUCAUUAUAAUUUUUGGCAUAUAAGUUUUCCAUUAUUUACUGAUUAGAUUAAAGCCCGAUUACUUUAAUAUUUGGUAGUAUUUCUCUCUAUUGUCAUAGCAUUUAAUUAUUAUCAUUUACAUCUUUGAUUCUUUUGAAACUACAUAAUAUAGUACUUACAAUCUUUUCUUUUAGGGAUACUCAAUUGGUAUCAUAUUUUAUUUAUUUCUUACAGGGACCAACUUGUUUUUUAAAUUGUUUUUAUUGAUUAGUUCAUUUGUGCAAAUAAUAUUGCUCAAUAUCUAUGAACAAAAUUAUUUAAAGUUGCCUAUGAUUGUUAUUCUUACUUUGACAUUUUUAAUAGCCUUUACUAAAAUUGUUUAGGAAGAAAGGCGUAAAGAAAAAUUAUUUCUUACAAGCCAAACAAAUUAAAUAUGGCAAAAAGUAAUUAAAUAUUUUUUACCUAUAAAUAUAAUUAUGAUUGAGUAUGACAGCAAUAAUUAGCGUAUUGUAUUAAAUUCUUCAAAUGAGUUCACUUAGUAAAAUCUUAAAAUUUACAAUGACGAUGACUUAUAAAUAUUCUUAGAUGAAGCAUGUGUUUAAUAAUCUUAAAAUUGUUAGAGUGACACAAAGUUUACUAACACAGAAUAAGCAAAUGAAAAAGAUUCACCUACAAAAUAUGAUAAGCGAUCUAAAGGCUAAAGAGGUAGCAAAGUUGACAAUGAUUAACAAGGAACCUCAUCACCUCUCAAAUAAAGAUUGUAGAAAUUCAGGAGAACCAGUUUACUGUAAAUGAAUAAAGUUAAUAAUGCUCUGCAUAGAGCCUAAAGGUCGCACACUUAUCUUUCAAACAAAAGUGCAAAUAAUGGUAGAAAUUUUGCAAAUAGAGAUAAGAAAAAUUUGAAGCAUUAUUUAAAAGAAUUCAUGAUUAAAGCAACUUAAGAUAAAAAUUUAAGCAAGAAAGUUUAUGAGCUAAAAAUAGAAUAUGAAUAAGAAAAUGAUGUUAAGCUAUUUUAGCUUAAAUUAAUGCCUUUUUUUUUUGAUUAAAACUAUGCAAUAAUAACUGUUGAUAAUUUAUCUAACGAGGAGAGACUUAAGAGCAAAGAUGACUUGUUGAAAGUAUCUUAUCACUUAAAUAAUCACUGCAGAAUUAGAGUUUUAAAUAAUAUAGAACAAAUCAUUCGUAACUUUAUUUAAUUUUAGAAGGAAGCUAUAUAAAAUAUUGAAAAUAAUGACAGUGAAAGCAUUAAAUCAAUAUUUUCAAUAUUACAAUCUUCCACAUUUUAGAUGUGCUAAAGGACAAUUAAUGAGGUAAAAAAUGUUCAAAAUUUGUCGUAUUCUAAAAAAAAAAUUCCAAUAAAUUCUUAGCGAUUUUCAAUAGUUGAGUAGAUAAGAACUAUAUUAAAGAGAUUUUCUUAUUAACUCCACAAAAAUAACUAAAAGUUUAGGUUGCACAUUGAUACAACUCAGUACGAGUAUUAGAAAAAAACAGACAACUAAGAGAAUUAAAGCUAAGCAAAUAAAAUAUAGGAAAAAAAUAUAAAUUUAAACAACUUUAGUAAUAAUUUAAGCUCAAAUAAUAAUCAAAUAAAUAGCUAAAAUAUUUAAAACAAUUGCUACAGUCAUUACAAUUAAAUAUAACUAAAUUAAUAAAAUAAUUUAAAUUUAAGUAAUAAUCACUUAAUAACUAUGAAUAAUACAAACAUAAAUAAUCUUUCUCAUCUAAACAAUUUUGAUGAAUCGCUUUAAGCUUUUUCGAGUAAGUAUGCUAGUCAAUCGCAUUUAGGAGCGCAUUCUUAGAUUUCUCAGAUUGAUCUUUAAAAACUUUCUCCAAAAAAUGGAGGAAGAUCAAGCUACUAUUUAAACAGCUAAAUUAAUUAGUAUAAAUCACCUCUUUCAUUAAUUUAAAUAUAGCAGCAACAAUCAUAGCAUCAGCAAUUUUAAUAAUUUAGCUAAAGUAUUUUAAAUUCCAAUAAACUUUCUUAAAAUUAAAAUUUAGCUUAAUACCAAUCAAGUGGCAUCGAGUCAAAUACUGAUAAUCAAUAUACAAACCAUAAUGAUUUAUAAUUUGACAAUCAAACCAGCACCUUAAAUAAUUAAAAAUAAAUAAAUGACAUGUAAAUGCCAAAUCCCUCAAAUAUCGAAUUUUAACAAUCAACAGCAUUUUAAUAAAUUAAAUUAGGACUUAGGAAAGAAGAAAUUAUUAAUGAAGAAAAUGAAAAAAAUGAAGAAGCUUCUGUUUAAAAUUCAAUUAAUCAGUCCUAAAAAUAUACAGCUAACUUAGAUAAUCUAAAUUAUCUAAACAUCACUGGAAGCACUCCCAAUAAAAUAAAAAGGAACAAGUCUGUAUAAUCUAAUGAUUUUUCUCCAUACAAUUUAAGCAAUUCAUAGUAAAAAGUUAAUAUUAAAUAAAUUGAAAGUUAUCUCGGUUCUGAAGCAAAUCCAAACAACUCUUAUUAGAUGUCUUAAUCUGUUGAUUAUUUACAUUUAGAUGAGCAUUUUAGCAGCAACAAUUAAUAUUCUAAUUAGAAACCUUAUUAAAAUAGUUUUUUCAAUUAAUAAUAAAAGUUUAUCAAUUGUGUAGAGUAAUAUAGCUUAUCUGACAAAAUUAAAAUGCAAUCUUUUUUAAAUCUUCAGAAUAACAUUAGCCCUCCUAAUAGCUUACUUCAAUAGAUAAUGCAAUCUCCACUAAGCUCGUUAAUACAUAAUUACUCUACCGAUCAUGUGUUAGAUGAUUUAGAUCUUUAGAUUUUAAAAAACUCUAAAAAAUAGAUAAUUCCAAAAAUAAAUCUAGAUGAUUCUUCUUAAGAGGCAAUUCCAGCUAUUGAAAUUAAUCAUGAAAAUCUCGAAAACUCUUUAGCCAAAAAACUAAAAAAUAAAAUGAAUCCAUUGAUUGUAAGUUUUCCAAAAUGUAGUCUCGAAUCUAGAAAUCUAUAAGAAAUUUCUGAUCUAAGCGAAUCAUGUUAAUAUGAAAUUUCUCCUUAAAAACUGCAUUCUUUAGAUUAAAAAUUUGAAUUUGGUGAAAACAGUCUUUAGAAAAUUAAGAGCAAAAACUUUAAUUCAAUAUUAUCUCCAUUAAAAAAAGAAAAAGAUGGGUAUUUAAGUAACAAUUAAUCUCGAAAUUCUCUUUAAUAAGUUUAAUUAAGUAAUCAAAUGAUAAAUGAUAUAAACUAGAAAGAGAUUUCUUUGUCCUCAAUUGAUUAACAAUCUUAGAGCUAACUUUCUAAGGAAUCAUCAAGUUCCUCUCAAUCUUAAUCUCAAAGUAAAUCUAUAGAAAAUUCUACUAUCAAUAAUAGUCUAACCUCUUCUUAAGAAUCAAAGAGAACAACCAACAAGAAAAAAAAUGAAGAUAAAAGCAAUAAAUCAAAUAAAAAAAAGAAAAAAAUUAAUAAGAAAGAAAAAAACCGUGAUAAGAAAGCUGAAAAGAGCUUAAAUGACCAUAUAAAGGAAAAAGAUUUUACAAAUAAGCAUCAUGGCAUGCGUAAAAGUGCAACAAGUAUAAGUAACGACUUGCAUAAAGACUAAUGGGAUAGUAAUUUAAAAGAUGAUAUUAUUAUCCUGUAAGAUGUAGGUAGAGUCAAUAAUAUUCUUUAUAAUUUUAUUGAAAAUUCAAUAAUACAUAGUAAAUAAAACUCCGAAAUAUUCAUGAAAAUAAUUGAAAAUACUCCUCCCCUAGAAGGCGAGCUAUAUUCCUCGUAUUUUACUAUAGAAAUUACAAACAUUUGUCUCUAAGAUAUCGAAGAUGUAAAACACAAAAUAGAAUCCUCAUUAUAGUAUUAAUUUCAUGACUAAAAUCUAGUAGAUCAAAUUAUUGAUGAAGAAAAUAGUUUUACUUUAGGCUUGCGCUCAGCCAGAAAAAACCUUAGAUAUCUUGGUCCUUUUGAUUAAAUCAAUUUCUUGUACAAUUUAAAAAAAAAUGAAAUCACGACAUCCUUUUCCAUAUAUAAAAACAUAGAGGUUUUAUAUCCAGAAAUUGGGCAAAUUUCACAAACUCGUUCUAUAGCAUCACCUUAAACGCAUAUAAAUCAUUAAAGUAGUAAUUAGCAUCCUUUUCCUUUUAUCAACUUAGCAAAUUAAUAUAUCGAAAACUAAUCUCCAAACCUUUCUACAAAAUUCUAGUAAUCACCUUUUUAGGGUCCUUUAUCUGUAGAAAAAUCUAAACUAAAUAUGUCCCUAUUAAAUAUAUAAACUCCUGUUAAAAAGAGAAUGGACUAAUUUGCUAAAGAUUAACAAUAAAGCUAAAAUCUGGGUUUAUCUGUAUUAUAUUCAGGCAUACCUAACCUAAGAAAAAGCAUCCCUCAUGCAAAUCAAGCCCAUAAAGAAUAGCUUUAAUUACCUGCAUAAAAUAAAACAAAGUCUCCAUUAAUUUCAUUCUAAAAAGUAGUGAAUACACCUCCAGUCUAGUAAAAUUUAGACUUAAGUGCAAGCUUUAUUAGCCGUUUUCGAAAUAACUCAGUUUACAAUGAAUCCAGUUCAAAACAUAUCUCACGCGAUUCUUCUUAAAAUGUUCCUAAUUCAGCUAAAAAUAAAGUACCAACUCAAAAAGAAAUACUAAACGGAUCUGUAAGAUAAACAAGAGUAAAGAGCUGUUACUCAUAAGCUAUAGAUGAUAAUAUAUCAAAAAGUAUGCAAAUUUAAAGUCCAAAUAUUUAACCAAAAGCAUUUUCGGUAAAUCCAAUUUUCAGUAAAAUUAGCUAAUUUAGCUUAAAGUAAAACCAUGACGACUAAACACAGAAUUAGCAUUCAUAGAAUUUUGACUAAGAAACUAUAUUCAAAGAAAAUACAAACUCUUUAUAAAUGAAUAAUGAAGAAAUAAAAAAUAAAUUUGAACUUACAAACUCCACUUCUUACCGUUUUUCUUAUCUAUCAGGAAAUAGGCUAAUCUCAAAUAAUAAUUUAAAUAAUGCUAUAGCCAACCAUACUUAGCAAAGUAAUAGCACAAGCAUUAACUAAAACAAACUAAAUUAAACAAUGAAUUUUAAUCAGGCAAUUUAAAACAACUUAGUUGAUUCUAAUGCUAUAAGAAAUGAGUAAAAAACAAGUAUAAUUGCUAGAAGUAAUGCUUAAAAUUCUCCAGUAACAAAUAAAAAUAGAAGUGAAAAAGCCUUUACAUUUUACCAUUCUUGA